AUGUCCGCCGGCCAGCUGCGACGACACCGCUCGACGUCGCGCAGCAGCUCGCGGCGUGACGAGCAGUCGUCCUUCGCGCCGCCUGCGCCGAGCAUAACACCCAAGGCCCAAGAGUUCGAGCCCUGCGCCGCUACCGCCUCCUUCUUCCUGUACGCCCAGCGGAACGUCAUCCUCUGCCUACACCACGACACAUUGGCCAUUGAACGCCGCCUGGCCCUGCACCGCGAGGACGUGGCGUGGAUUGCCGUCGACAAUGUGAGCGAGAGGGGGGCGGGGCGGUUGGUGGUGAGCUACGACGUCGGCAACACGGCCAUUGUCUGGGACCUCCUCACCGGAGACGAGGUCGCGCGCUUCGCCGCCUACGAGCAGAUCAACGCUGCAACAUUCAUGCGCAAUGGCAACGUCGCGUUCGGCAACUCGCAGGGCAACGUGAUCCUCUUUGAGCCGUCGACCUCCGAGCACAUUUCCGCGCGCACAAUCUUCGACCCCAUCACCGCCUUGGCGCCCGCCGCUGACUGCCGCACCUUUGCCAUUGGCUACCAGAAUGGCUCCAUCCUCAUCGUCACGCUGCAACCGACUUUUACCAUCCUGCACACCCUCACCACCCCGAAGCAGCCCUCGCCCAUCAUCAACUUGGCCUGGCAUGGCUCGUCGUCGAAGCAGAAGUCGGAGAUGCUCGCCACUCAGACGUGCGAUGGCGAUCUUCGCGUCUGGAGCGUGCCCAAAGCUCCGAGUAGCGACCCGCCCUGCGUGAUUCGGAUUCUCAAUCGGUCCGAGAACAGGGAAUCUGGUCCGUGCUGGUUCGGCUGGUCCAAAAACGGACGCAUCGUGCAGUACUCUGAAGGCGCCACCUACGCCUGGGACGUGAGAACUAAAAAAGUCACGUACGACAUUAUUCCGACCAUAGAAGGCGUCACCGCCAUCGCCAACUUUGGCCCGGGUGCUGUUCUGUUCACCCUGGGCCGCAACCACACUGUUCAGCAGUACGACAUCAACCCGAACCAGACUCCCGUAAUAGUUGCCAAUGUCCAGCACGUGCCGGCGAAUACACCCCCCUCGCCGCCGAAUUCGAUCGAAGAGAAGGAGCAGCAGAAGCACCACUAUCACCAUGAAGAGGAAAUCGAGCACGAGCAUCACGAACCUGCUCCAGCUUUGCCCGUCUAUCUCGAUGAGAGCAGCGAAGGUGAAGGGGCCGCCACCAUGUCGCCCCUGCAGAAGAUUGCGCAAGAGAUGGAUCAACUGGAGGAAGAGAGGCGGGAUCGCGUUGGUCCCCUCAGCCCUGUGUCGAGCCGCGGUUCUACGAGCUCUCGCUCGUCCGGGGGAUCGCGGAGAAAUCUUUACCGAUACGACAAGCCGUCUUCUCGAUCCUCUGAAAGCUCGGACGGAACCGUCUUUUCGUCCGGUUCCUCCAUGCGGUCUGGCUCUUCUUACAGGGCUCGUGAAAGCAUGUCCAUCCGUUCCGGCUCCUCUCUCGCAUCUUCAAGACACCGUUCCAGGGGCUCGUCCUCGCUGCGCAAGGAAAUGCUCCGGAGCCCAGAAGAGAGCACGAAUACCUCGGAACUGGAUCUUUUCCCCUUCACAAAAGCCAGGCUCAGCGAUGUUCCGUUCAGGAUGCCGCAGCCAGGUGCGGCGAAGAGUCCCGAUGAGCUCAGGCAGCAAAUGCUCAGCGUGGUUUUUGGCUGGGAAGAUGACAUUGAAAUGUUAAUUCGCGAUGAGCUGAGCCGUCAUUCGUCAGGUUCAGCUAGUAGUGUCCUACUUUCUAAAUGGCUUGGUGACAACGGGGCCGAUUUGAUGGCUUCGAUGAUUGGCUCCGAGUCAAUGACCUCUUCCGACUGGAUGCUGCUCGCCCUGUGCUCAAUGGGCCAGAACUCGCAGAGAAAGGUCGGAGAGGCGUUUGUGCAAAGGCUGAUGGAGAAGGGCGACAUCCAUCCUGCAGUUGCAAUCCUUCUCGGCCUCGGUGAGUUGAACGAAGCUGUCGAGGUCAUGGAAUCCACCGAACCCUGGUCAUCCCCCAAGGCACAAGACGACGUCUACCGCGCCCAACAAAGCCAGGCUGAGGCGCAGCUUAGCCCUCCCCUCUCUCCGCCUUCUGCCGGUCCGAACCGUGUCAAGCAGUCUGGUCUUAAGCUUUUCACCAGCUUCAACGACCAUAGUAGCAGUGCCCUUUCUGCUGGCGGCGACCGCACGGCGCAAGGAAUUACUCCCAUCGCGCAGUCUGCGCUUUCUCCUGGUGGAGGAAACAACUGGUUGCAUCCGGGUAGGAGCGCUAGGGAGCCAUCUUCCGCCAGGACUGCGACCCCAGGUGGAUACGGUCGAAAGCGCUUCCCAUCCAAGCCUGACUACAUGAGGGGAACUCCCAUCUCAGAAACGCCAAUCAUGGGUGGCGGGGAAACACCAUUCCCGACAACUGCGGUUAAGGAGCCGGAGUCUAUCGAAAUCAAUUUCGGAGUCGAACAAGAUUCCGUCCACUCUCGCCACCCCAGCAUUGAGGUCUCGACCGAAGAACCGAAGGAAGCGCCGAAGGAUGAAGAACCGAUGUUGCUCAGUGCCGUUGCAUACACCCCGAGCGAUGCAAAGAAGAAGGCGUCCGAUGCACUGCCAUCUCCUGCCCACGCCGUUUUCGAACACCUAAAGCAAGAAUCACGCCAGCGAAACGGGUCCAGAGACAGGAAACCAGAUGGUCUUUAUCUGGAUGUGGUGGAUACCGUUGAGACCAGUGAUGCGCCUUCAACUGCAUCGCAGUCUGGGUUCCUCACCGGUCGCAACGCUGAGCUUAGUCCCCCACUGACGAGCAACAGCGUCAAGAGCUCCAAGAUCAGAGGCAUCGACCAGUACAUCAGCAGCUUGGAUGAGGCCAACUACCACGCACGUAAAGCUAGCCGUUCUCGCGCUGGCAGCAAGGAUCGCGCGGGAAGGAGCAGCAGACAAGGUGCCCGCGAUGCGUCUCAGACUCGCGGACGCUCUGGCACACGCUACAUCAAGCCCGCCAAGCGCUCCCCAUCCUCGCCGGUUCCCAUGUCCCCAGAGGAGGCCGCAUUGUACAGCAGUGGCAACAACAGUGGAAACAACGACAGCUACGAUGACGAACGGUAUUACAAGGUUGCCUCGCCCAUGGUGGCUUCCAGACGCGGACGCAGCCGCAGUGGCACCCGGGGUACGUCCAAGGUUAGGUCGUCCUCAAAGCUCGGCCGGCGCCAUGAGUCCACCGAGCGCAGGUCUCGCAGCAGAAACGGACACCUGGGCAGCAGGGCGGCUAGCCGUCAAGCAAGCCGGGAUGGCCGCUCCAACGGGGAUGAAAGAGGGCGCCUCUCUCCCACUUCUCCUGUUCCUAUGUCCUCGGAUCCACUCUUCUACAAGAGCGACGGUGAUGAUGACGGCGCUUUCGAAAUCGUGAAGUCGCCUGUUAGGACCCGCCAGCGGAGCUCAAGCCGCCGGCCAAGUGGGCGAUCCAGACAAUCCUCGCCUGACCGGCAUGGUCGGGAGCGGUCGCAAAGCCGUAGACCUAGUCAGCAGGACAUCACGAACAUUCGUCCUGAGUCUCCAGAGAUGACCAACGGCCGCCAAGCCUCUCGCCAGCGGAUGCCGAAACUGCAGACUGACUUCUCGUCCGGAGCUGCCGCCGCUGCGCAAAAGAUUCUCUCGCAGAAGGAACGGGCUGCUCGCGAACUCGAGGAGCGUCGUUUGUCUCUAGCCAGAAGGCCCUCCGCUCCAGUGAUCCCACACCCGCAGGAACUGUCCCGGCCUCCGAUCAGUGGCCGCUCCUUGACCGACCUUGGAAAUUCGCCUACUUCUUUCAUGCCACCCAUGUCCUCGCACAGUGACAAGGGCUUGCCUCGCAGCCAGACAGUCGAUCCUGAGAUGAUGCGCUACAACCCUAGACACACCACCGGGACCUCCACUAGGUCAACGCCGAUCGGACUUCCUGCUACGCCACGGGCUCUGCGCCAUCCUCGAUACAUGAGCUCUGACCCUGGCGACCGCGACGAAGUGCCUGCCGUGCCUCAGAUCCCUCAGCAUAUCAUCGAGGUGAACAUCGACAACCAUGCCGAAGUCCAAGAUGAUGUAGCUCCCCUGCUUCCAGCAACUACGUUUGGUCAGGCAGGACCCCAGAGCCCACAGCGCUCGGCUUCUGCACCUCCGGAGCACAUCAACGGCGGCAGGCGCGGGUCAGCCAGUAGCCGUGGCAGUGGCAACAAACGCAUCAGCCCCCCGCCAAUCACGGCCAGCAUCGAUGAGACGUUGCACGGCGAACAGAUCAUCAUCGUUGGUGAGCCCGAAGCGAAGGAAAACCCUCCCCUUCUCGCCGAGCUGCAGCAUUUGGCCGCUCCUCCGCCGCCUCCGCCGCCGCCCAUGUUCCAUGGACACAGUCGUACGGGCAGCGGUGUCAUCAACAUUGCCAUCGAUGAGAACCCCAGCGGCCGCACGACCACUCCUGCUGUGCCCCCACCAGUGGACUACCCGAUCAAUGACAUGCCGCCGCCGCCGCCGCGUCCGCAUACCGGCUCGCCCCACAUGCACCGUCGGGGCCGUGGUUCCGUCAGUGAGAGCAUCGGCAGCAGGCUUCGUGGUGUGACUGAGCGCAUGCGCAGCACGUCCCGCUCGCGGGCGAAGUCGCCGCCAAACGACUACAACCAUGCUCCUUCGCCCUAUGAGACGGUCAUCCCGGGGAUUGACUUUGGUCACAAUCGCUCCAACAGCGCGUACCAGCAGCAGCAGCGCGCCAAGUCGCCGCUCAGCGAGAGUCAGAACUUCCUCGACCAGAUCCCGCCUCCUCCGCCGCCGGCUCCUUCGGUAGGAAGCCCAAUGAUGGAGCAGGUCAUCCCUCCCGACUCGAACGCGCCGAGCCGCCAGAACGACCGCGGCUACAUGCGCCACCCGAGAGAGAUCAGGGCCAAUAUGCCGCCCGAGCAGAUUCAGGCCGGCGUCGUGCCUAUGGAAAGUCCCACCGGCAUGAUCUGA